GAGUUGAAACACAAUACCCAGCUCUAUUUUCCGCUUUUAGAGCUGCCCUCUGCAUUGUCUUCACUGAUGCCUAACUCAAGCGAGCAGUCGCAUUUUGCGGGCUCUCAGGGCCAGCGCGGUCCCGAAUGGAGUGAAGGUCAGAACAGCGGCGCUGCCGGUCGCUGUCACUUCUGUGGCACCGUCGCAGGGCGUAGGAACUCGCUGCCACUGGGCCUGCGUGAUGGUGGAGACUGGCUUCAGCACUUCGUCGAUCACGGAGACAAACAGGACCCGUUCCUCCAGCCCUCCCUGUACAAGGAUAUUCAGCAGGACUGGCAUGGACAGCAACUGCUGAGAAAGAAGUCUGCGCCUGAUCUGGGCUCCAGCCUCUACCUCAGGCAAGUGAUGGCAGGCCGGGCCUCGGCACCACCUCAAGAUUACUACCUGGCAGAUGCGGCCUUAUCCGGUCAGCCACCUGAAGAGUCAGGGUUUUAUAGGGAUAACCAGCACUUGCUCAACAGAUCGCAUUAUGGACCCAGUGGUGGGGGGAUGAGGCCUACCUGGGAUCAAGGACAAGCGCGGGCCACACCUUCCAUGCUGGCCUCUGCUUCUACACCUACGCCCGCGCCUCCGCCCCCUCCACCUCCUCCCCCGCCUCCUCCUCCCCCUCCUCCCCCUCCCCCCCUCCACGAGCUGAGCCGUUUGUACCGGGAAACUCUGGGAUCUAAGAUGAUCCCAGACGCACAGCGUGCUGGUGGCAGAUCUCCUUCUCCUGCCGUGUACGGGGUCCAGCCCCCUCUUCCUAUUUACGCUGCCGAGGCGCCGUCUCUCUCCGCUCGUCAAGCUUACAACAGCCUGUCCCUGGAACCACGCCAGACAGCUGCCACCAGUUCAGUGGGGGACCCAGCUUCACGGGGAAUGGACGGAGCUCUCCCCCGGGCUUAUGGAGCCAUUGCCUCCCAGAGGCUUCCCUAUGAUCCCAGCUAUGACCCCAGCUCGUCGAUGGUGGCCGCCACAGCUGGAAUGGCUUCCGGCAUGCCUGCGCACCAUCCAAGUGCAGCAGACCCCAAGAGGAUGGUGGACCCUACCUUCUUGGCUUAUCUGCGAGCCGAAGGCUUGGCUGAGAGCACAAUUACCCUCCUGCUGCAACAUGGCUUUGAUUCCACUGCCACCCUGGGAAUGAUGGAGGACCAUGACAUCCGGUCUGUAGCCCCUAACUUAGCCCAGGCCCGGGUCCUGUCCCGCGUGGUGCUCGGUUGCAAGGCAGGUGGGACAGCUACACGUACCCGAUCCAACAGCUUCAGCCAUCGUAAUGACCUCUACAUGCCACCCCAGGGCCUUACGAUGGACCCCAACCUGAUGCAGCAGCCCCCCACCACCAUCCAGACUGUGUCUCCAAGGAUGGGAGAGUUUCUUGGCAGAAGACCCAGCAGUGCACCCUCUCAACAUCUCCUGGAGACCACCAGCUACCCAGGGGCCCGUCCCAUGGCGACUGGAACUUACCCAGUCAGUCCUGGAGGGUACAGCAAUGUUGUGACUCAGGGAAGAGCCUUCCCCAUGUACAAUGCCCACACCGGUAUUGCCAUGUCUGCUCUUGGACAACAGCCUCCACCAGCUCCAGGCACCCCUGGAGCGGCGCCAAAGACCUUCUCUGGCUCCUACUCCCCCAUGGAGCUGAUGAAGAGAGCCCCCAACCUCCCCCCAGCGUCACCUGUAGCAGCGGCGAGCCCCCUUCACAGCCCCCAGCUUCUCCGGAAAGGGAUCAAUGCUGUUCCCGAAAGCACCGUUGUACCUGUCAGUUCCGCCACCACUCUCCAAGCCCAAAAUCUUAACAACUCCAAGCUGGUAGGACGUCGCACUGGUCCACCUGUCAUAGUCUCAACCAUGGCCACAACUCCCGACACAAGUAUCCGGCCCCAAAUCAUGAACGGGCCGAUGCAUCCCCGCCCCUUGGUGGCGCUGCUGGACGGGCGUGACUGCACCGUGGAGAUGCCCAUCCUCAAAGACUUAGCGACCGUCGCCUUCUGCGACGCCCAGUCCACACAGGAGAUCCACGAGAAGGUGCUUAAUGAGGCGGUGGGAGCCAUGAUGUACCACACCAUCACCCUGACCAGAGAGGACCUGGAAAAGUUUAAAGCUCUUCGUAUCAUCAUCCGCAUCGGCAGCGGCUACGACAACAUCGACAUCAAGGCUGCCGGAGAGCUGGGCAUUGCAGUGUGUAACAUUCCCUCGGCGGCCGUGGAGGAGACGGCGGACUCCACCCUGUGCCACAUCCUCAACCUUUACCGGCGAAACACCUGGCUGUACCAGGCCCUCCGGGAGGGCACGCGGGUCCAGAGCGUGGAGCAGAUCCGGGAAGUGGCGUCCGGCGCCGCUCGCAUCCGCGGCGAGACCCUGGGCCUCAUCGGCUUUGGUCGUUCGGGCCAGGCGGUGGCCGUGCGAGCCAAGGUGUUCGGCUUCAACGUCAUCUUCUACGACCCCUACCUGCAGGACGGCCUGGAGCGCUCGCUGGGCGUCCAGCGCGUCUACACCCUGCAGGACCUGCUGUACCAGAGCGACUGCGUCUCCCUGCACUGCAACCUGAACGAGCACAACCACCACCUCAUCAACGACUUCACCAUCAAACAGAUGCGUCAGGGCGCGUUCCUGGUCAACACCGCGCGAGGAGGCCUGGUGGACGAGAAGGCCCUGGCCCAGGCGCUGAAGGAGGGCAGGAUACGCGGCGCCGCCUUGGACGUCCACGAGACCGAGCCCUUCACUUUUGCUCAAGGCCCGCUGAAAGACGCCCCCAACCUGAUCUGCACGCCGCACACAGCCUGGUACAGCGAGCAGGCCUCUCUGGAGAUGAGGGAGGCGGCCGCCACCGAGAUCCGAAGAGCCAUCACCGGUCGGAUCCCUGACAGCCUACGGAACUGCGUCAACAAGGAGUUCUUUGUGACCACGGCACCCUGGGCAGUCAUGGACCAGCCCGGCGUUCACCCUGAGCUCAACGGCGCCGCCUACAGAUACCCUCCGGGCGUGGUAGGAGUAGCGCCGGGCGGCAUCCCGGGGGCGUUAGAGGGCAUGGUGCCCGGCGGGGUGCCCAUCGCCCACACCCUGCCCUCCGGCACACACCCCUCCCAGGCCCCGUCGCCCAACCAGCCCUCCAAACACGGCGAGACCAGAGAGCACCUCACCGAGCAAUAGCAGCAGAAGGGAUUCAGACGGCGAAAACCCCCUCCUCCUCCUCCCCCGCCCCCACCCCCCUACUGGCAUCCGACCCGUUGACACUCGGGAACCCACCGAUCACAACAGCGAAACCGACCGACCAAGCGACCAACCGGGACCAAGAGACAGUGACGCAAACACACGCGCGCGGCUGGAGGCGCGAGCCGCCGGAAACUGGGAGCGACGCGCGUUGUUCUGGGGGAAUUUGUACUUUUAACGUUUUAGUUUUUACUCUCUGUCUCUUCGGGUUCAGUAUCGACUUUACUCUUUGAUGAUGAUGAUGAUGAUGAUGGGUUGUUUUCUCUCUCUCUUUUUUUUUUUUUUCUUUUUUGCUUGUUUUUCUCGGGACAUGCCUAUGAUUGUGGACACAGAGUCCAGUGUUUUUAGUGAGACUCUGUCCCGCCGCCCGCCCCCCCCGUCCUCCAUCACCCCUCAGAGCUCAUGGGAAAUGUAGGCCCCACAUCUCAAUUCACCAUUGGAAGAACAAGAGAGAGGAAAAAAAAAAAAAAAACCUCUGGCAUCACGUGCUACUGGACCUUAUUAUCUCCCACCCCGAUCGCCCCCCGACUCGCCCUCUCUCCUCAUGUAACAAGUGUGUGUUAUUUAGGCCCCUCAUUAUGCCUCAGAAGAGAAUUAUUUUUGUUUUUUUCUUUCUAUUGUCAGUGUGAAUGACUUAAAAAAAAAUGGAUUAUUGACUUAUAUAUAUUUAUCACUUCAUCAAACGAGAAGAAAGGAUUGCUCAUCAGUUCUAGUGAUCUAAAGUCAGCCUGAGCCCUUUCCUGAACAGCACGGCUGCGGUUACACGCCCUCGCCACCAGAGGGCGCGUCCACACAGCGUGAGCAGGCUUUCCUCUGCACACGUGACCUCUGAGGGGGGGGGGGGCUCCAGUUGGUGCAACAUAUUGAAGGUUUAUCCUCCUCAACAAAACAUUCAGUUUAUUGAUUGUACCUGAAGUUCUAGGUGUGUUUUGUUGUUUUUUUGUUUUUUUUUAGUCAUUUUAGUCUAUUUAAAUUAUUAAAGGUGGGGUUCGUGUGCAGAAGAAAACACUGAUGGCUGCAGACGGCGUCGAGAUUGAGCACAUUUCCAACUAAAUCCAGGAAAGGGUUGAAGCAAACUUAAUUUCUUAAUGACUCAGGAAAACACUUUUUUGCAGUUCUUUUUUUUUCCCUCCCUCCCAGAAUUUUGUCUUUGAGGAAACAAAAGAUAAGACUAAAUAAUCUGUUUAGUCUGAAUAUUUUCUCUCCUCCAUCACCCUCUCCAUUGUGGUAUUUUUAUAUCAAGGCGCAUCCCACGUUUUUUGGUGUUAAA